AUGAUAUUCUCGCGAUCCCGGCGAUCGAUCUUUCCCCUUCUGCCACCAUACGGAGCGCACGAUCCCAACCGAGAGCGGAUCACCACAUUGCACCCAGACGACCUCACACCUUACCUAGGCCUGCGAGCUCGGUUGUCGCAAGUAUGGAUCAAUCGCUGGACGAUUCUUCUCUUGCUGGUGCUGGUCAGAGUCUUGAUAGCCAUUGGUAGCCUCCAAAACGACAUGGCCACGGCUAAACGCGAAGCGCUAUCCUCAUGCACCUCUGUGGAAUCCAUGGGCAGCGCUAUGGCUUCGAUGCCGCAUUACCUCUCCCAGGGUGUCAACGAUCUGACGGCGACUGGCUUUGAUAAAGCCGUGAAUGGCCUCAAAUCUAUGCUCCUGCUUACCAUCACUGGCGUCGAAGAAAUAAUUGUCUUUAUCGUCAAACUCAUGUACCAGACUUACCUCUGUCUCAUCACGAUGGCCGUGCACGGCACCGUGUCUGCUGCAAUCGCGCUGAUAGAAGAUGCGUUGGACUUUUUGAACUCUACGCUGUCGACCAUUGGCCACGAUAUUGACGCCACAGUCAGCACUUUCGAAACCGGGCUUGAAGACUUUGCAAAUUUAGUGAACACGGCCGCCAACGAUCUCGGUGCUCAUCUUCCUACAUUGAACCUCAACACCUCUGUGAAUGCGCUCGAGAACAUCCAUCUUCCCCAAUCGAUCGACACGAAACUAAACACUCUGAACACCUCCAUCCCCACGUUCAGCGAGGUGGACAGCGCUGUCCAGGGUCUUAUCCGCACGCCGUUCCAGGAGAUCAACAGCCUGAUCAAUCAGUCCCUGGGAACCUACAGCUUUGAUCGCACUGUGCUUCCAGUCCCCCAAAAGCAACAAUUGACCUUCUGCGGCGAUAACGAUGGAAUCAACAGUUUCUUCAAGGGAGUCGACGACAUCGCCGUCCUGGCCCGCAAAAUCUUCAUUAUCGUCAUGCUUAUUGCGGCCGUGCUGGCCUGCGUCCCCAUGGCAUGGAGAGAGAUCCGGCGCUGGCGAUCAAUGAAGGAACGAUCCCAACUCGUCCGCAAGGAGGCACACGACCCCAUGGACGUGGUUUACAUUGUCUCCCGUCCAUACACAGCAGCCGCGGGAAUCAAAGCCGCAAGCCGGUUCAGCAACAGCCGUCGCCAGAUCCUCGUGCGUUGGGCCAUCGCCUACGCUACUACGAUGCCAGCCCUGUUCGUACUUGCACUUGGUGUCGCAGGCCUCCUCGGGUGUCUUUGCCAGUGGCUUCUCCUGCGCGCCGUGCAGAAGACAGUGCCCGAACUGAGCAGCGAGGUGACCGCUUUUGCAGACAAAGUCGUUGCCUCGCUGGAGAACGCAUCCGUGGCGUGGGCAAAUGGGGCCAACCAGGCCAUCACAAACAUGAACAACGACAUCAACGACAACGUCUUCGGCUGGGUCAACACGAGUACUCACGCAGUGAACAACACGCUCAACGCCUUCGUCGACAAGACCAUGGGUGUGCUGAACGAGACCUUCCAAGGAACCAUCCUGUACGACCCCAUCACAGAGGUCUUCCAGUGUCUGAUCGGUCUCAAAAUCGCCGGCAUCGAAAAGGGCCUGACCUGGGUCUCGGACAACGCGCACGUCGACUUCCCUCUCCUACCCUCCAGCGUCUUCUCCGCCGGCGCCGCAGCCAGUAUCUCAAAUUCCUCCGAUCCAUCCGACAGCUUCCUCGCCGACGCAGGCUCCGACACGUCCAACAAAAUCAGCCAAGUCGUCGUCAGCGUCGUCAGCAAGCUGCAAGACGGCGUCCGCCAAGAAGCCAUCAUCGCCACCGCGGUGCUCGCCAUCUGGGUACUAGUUGCCCUAAUCGGCGCCACCCGCGCGAUGAUCCUCUUCUGGGGUCACGACAGGAACCGUGGCGAGGGUGGCGGCCAUGCUAUUGAUCCUGUUCCUAGAGCUCCCGCCCCCGCCAGUGACUUCAUGGAGGUGCCGCUAACGGCUUGCCCCCAGAAUCAGCAUGAUUCAUUUGCUAAAGUGGCUACGGCUCCCGCCGUCCCAACUCGGGGCGGGCCGGUGUCGUUCGAUGAUGAGAAGUAUGGGUUUGCGGGGCACAGGGCAUAUAACGCUGCUUUGAAGGUUGAUUCUGCGCCUGCUGUGAGGGGGAGUGCUUACGUGGAAUAUGAUGUGAAGCGUGGAAUAUGA